AUGUCCUAUCAAAGUAGAGAACCUGAUUUAACCUUGGCAGUUUUAGAAGAAACAGAAAAUGAUUCUAAAUCAGUUUUUGGAAAAUGUCUAGAUUGUGGAAAAGAAAGAAUUGGUGAUGGAUGGUGUAAAGAUUGUGAAAGCAACGCCUUUAAAGAGAAUUUUGGAAAUUGGACAAGCGAAAAUACUAAUAUUGACGAUUUUAUUAGAAGUACUCAAUUGAAUGCAAAUGGAAGUGUAGAAUAUUUGGAAUAUAUAAAUUUUGAGCAAUUUGAUCUUAUAGAAAAUACAAAUAAAGGCGGGGCAUUUAGCACAACUUGUUCAGCGGUAUGGAUGGAAGGUCCUCGAUGGAUUUGGGAUGAAAUGGCUGACCAAUGGAUACGUAAUGGGCCUAUAAAGGUUGCACUUAAAAGACUAAAUAACUCGCAAAACAUAAGCGCAGACUAUUUGAAUCAAAUUUAUAAAUACCAUCAAUGUGAGAACGUUGCAGACUUUUUUGGAAUAACUAAAGAUCAUACCUUGAAUUAUAUGUUUGUAAUGAAAUAUGAAAGUAAUUCUUUAAAUUCAUAUCUUGAUGAAACUCAAGGAAUGCUUUGUUGGAAAGAUAUUGAAGCUGGAUAG